CCAUUUUUCAUACCUAGUACGCAGUCACACAGUUACGUGUAUAUUGUGAGAGUAGUUUGGUCUACUUUUUUUGUUCUUUCUUUUACUUUUCACCCAGGAAGCUAACUUUUCAUUUCGAUCACAGAAGAACCAGGAGCAAUGUACCGGGUUCCCAUCACACGUGUUUUCGCGGCGCGUGGGGUCUGCAGCCACGGCGUGCGAUGUUUCACGACCAUUCCAGCCCUCACCUACCCUGCGGAGCUGCCGAAGUUGGCGUUUGACUAUAAAGAAGGCAUCAAACCCGUCAUCUCGCCCCGACAGAUGGAGCUCCACUACACCAAGCACCACAAGGCAUAUGUGGAUAAACUCAACAGCCUCGGCAAAGGCGAGGAAGGAAAAACGAUUGAGGCGAUCAUCCACUCCACGAACGGCAAGGUCGACAAGAAGGUGAUGUUCAACCAGGCCGCGCAGCACUUUAAUCACAGUUUUUACUGGAAUUGCCUCUUUCCCGGUGGUAAACCGAUGCCGAAGCGGCUGGAGGAGGUCCUUUGCAAGCAGUUUGGCAACAUAGAGAAGUUUAAACAGGAGAUGCAGACCUCCGCGGUGAACAACUUCGGCUCGGGGUGGACGUGGCUUUGCGUGGAUCCCUCGUCCAAGGAGCUGGUAAUUUUAAACACAAGCAACGCGGAGUGCCCGAUCACGAAAGGCCCGCGCCCGAUUUUCACAAUUGACGUCUGGGAGCACGCCUACUACAAAGACUUUGAGAACCGCCGGCCGGAUUACGUAAACGAGCUUUGGGGGAUCGUGAAUUGGGAGUACGUCGAUCAGGCCUACGAGCGCGCGAUGAGCCAAGCCGAGUAAUUAAAAGGACCCAUUCACAUAUAAAAACGAUGCAAUAGCAUGUUAGGAAAAUAGGAGGGGGCAUGCAUAGGGGAGAGAAUUAUUAUGAUUAUUUUUCCUGUUUAAUAAGAAAGAAAAAGUACGAAUAUAUAUAUAAAAGCAAAUAUUUGAAUCUUUAGUCCAUCAGUGCUUAGUGGGACGGUAUUUGAUUUGAUCACACUAUUUUUAAAUUUUUAGCUUUUUUGUAACCUUUGCAAUAUCACUUCGCUUACGCUUUGUUGUUGCUGCUUACUCGAAGUUGUUUUCGUGUACUAUGCUUAUCUACAUUCUACAAGAAACUUUCCACGCCAUUUUUAUCAUUGGCAUUUCCACACAUACGUAUUAUUUUGCCCUCUUCCUUAUAAGUAAAACUUAUUAGUAUUUUAUUAAGAUAUUCAUAUAUUUUUAUCUUUUUAGUUUAUGUGCCCUACGUGGAAUUUAAGGAAGAAAAUGAAUAAAGGUUAAUAAGCGCAUGUGUCGAGUUUACUAAAUAGCUAAUCGGAA